CUUAACCUAACUCUGGAGAGCCUGUGUUCGAAUGUCCCCAUAUUGCUGUUCCACAGAACUGAACAGUGUUAACUUUCUAUAGUGUGGUAUAUUCAUCCCAAACUCUCCCGUGAGCAAUGUUCAAUGAUAAUUAAUAUUUAUUCAUUUCUUAACUGGUCAAAAUGAAGAAUGCUGAAUAUUUUGACACCGUAAUGUUAUGUUGCAGACACCAAGUGACCUGACUGAACCCUCUGGAGACCAUGAAUGGAAUGAUAGAUACACUUCAUCCUUACAACAGACACCAAGUGUUCCGAUCCUGAUGAAACCUUUUGAAGAUCAAGAAAGGAGUGGAAGAUCCACUUCUUCCUUACAACAGACACCAAGUGACCUGACUGAACCCUCUGGAGACCAUGAAUGGAAUGAGAGAUCCACUUCAUUCUUACAACAGACACCGAGUGACCUGACUGAACCCUCUGGAGACCAUGAAUGGAAUGAUAGAUACACUUCAUCCUUACAACAGACACCAAGUGUUCCGAUCCUGAUGAAACCUUUUGAAGAUCAAGAAAGGAGUGGAAGAUCCACUUCUUCCUUACAACAGACACCAAGUGACCUGACUGAACCCUCUGGAGACCAUGAAUGGAAUGAGAGAUAAAUUCUCAAAAUUCUCAAAUUUUCAAAAUUCUCAUUAUUUCCUGGAAUAUCUUAUUUUGAUUAUUUUAUUUUUCCAUUUUUAAUAAAUAAUGCCUUCUUUUACAGGUGGGAAUAAGAGACGCACGUGGACAGAUUAUGAAGUGAAGGCUGUUGAGCGACAUAUGUUUGAUUUCAUAACAAGCCAUAAAGUUUCAGGUAAAACGA